GCGCGUGUCUGAUCGCCUUGACGCGCGCCUUUAUUGCAGGCCGAAAAGGUGGAUCCUCGUCUUUGAGUCAACGCCUCUUUAUCACGAGUGUAGCAAGCGGGGAAAGAGGAGGGGGUCCUGAGCCUGACAACUGACAUCCACUCUCGCCUCUCGCCGAUUUUAUCUGAUGCUCUUGUGGAGGCGAGCGUCCGUCUCGAGUUGCGCGACAUGAACGGCUACGGCUCGCCGUACCUGUACGUGGGCGGCCCGGUGGCGCAGGCGCGCGCGCCGCUCCAGAGGACACCUAAGUGCGCACGGUGCCGCAACCACGGCGUGCUGUCCUGGCUCAAAGGCCACAAACGAUACUGCCGCUUCAAGGACUGCACGUGCGACAAGUGCAUCCUGAUCAUUGAGCGCCAGCGCGUCAUGGCGGCGCAGGUCGCGCUCCGGAGGCAGCAGGCCAACGAAAGUCUGGAGAGUUUAAUCGCCGAGCCGCCGCCGCCACCACACAGAGCCAUGGGCACCGGGGAGUUACGCUGGAGCGCCGAGCCCAUCAUCACAACACAGUCACCAACAGACCUAAAUGAGGACCUCUCAGGUGAGCAAUCUGGAGGAGAGAACAGCGGCAGCACCAGCGACCGAGAGCAAGAAGCUGCCAGCUCACCGGAGGAGCCCAAACCUAACUCCUGCUUCACUCCUGACCCCCCGGACCCACCUUCUAAUCCUGAGGAGCCUCGUUACCUCUCACCCAAACCCUGCACUGACCCAGAACAAAAGCCUGACAGCCCCAAGUCUCCCACUGAGCAGAACCUGCUAAUUGAAGGCCUCACAGGAUCUGUGUCCCUGCCCUUCAACCUGCGAGCCAACCGUCCUCCUCUGGAGGUACUGAAGAAGAUCUUCCCUUCCCACAAGCCAGCUGUGCUGGAGCUGAUCCUGAGGGGUUGCGGAGGUGACUUGGUGGGUGCCAUUGAGAUACUUCUCUCCAGCCGUUCUACUACAAAAAUGGAUAAGCCCUCAUCCGAAAACUCUGAGGCUUUAAUUCUGCCCACCAAUAGCCACCUUUUUGAGCCUCUAAGCUCUUACCCAGUCUCUUCCUCCAAGUGGUCAGUGGGUUCGGCCUUUCGUGUGCCAGAUACACUUCGCUUUACUUCAGAAUCGCCUGGUGGGGUGAUGCCGACUCCCUUGGGUGUCCCGCUGCAGCCUAGCUUUCCUCAGGCACACCGUUACCCGUUGAUGCUGCGCAACUCGCUGAGCCGCGGUCAAGCUGGGCCUUUUAUGUCCAAUGACAUGACUUUGUGGAAUACCAUGAGCUUGCAGCAGCAGUACCAAUUCCGCUCGCAGUACGUCUCACCCUUCUCAGGGCCGUCAUUCCGUGGAUCACCUCUCCUGCCCUCCAGGUCAGCUCAAGAGGAACAGCGCAUAAGCAUUCAGGAGGAUGCGGCCAAACACACUGUAUAUGCCGCCGCCGACGAGGAGUACGAUGAGAGAUCUGACUCCUCAGAUUCGAGGAUCCUCAAUACAUCUUCUUAACCUACAAAAGUGGCAAACAUACCAAAAAUGUGUUAUGAAUGGACAAAAGAGACAGGGCGGACUGUGCCUGUGUAGGAGCUUUAUGAAACAUAUACUGUACAUUAUUUGAGAAAUUGUGUUGCUCUCACAGUGAAACAUAUGAACAGUUUGUCAUCAACAUCUACCAAAAAAAUCCUGAAUGAUUAAAUGACUGAACAUUAGUUUGUAAAUAAUAACCACAAAUUGCUCUUUGCAUGAAAUGUACUGUGAAUAGUAAUGCAGUGUAGAAAUAGGCAAACAAUAUAAGCAUGUAAAUGGAUAUGUCAUAUACCCAGUCUGAAUUCUUAUUGUCAUUUAUUCACAUGAACUAAAUAUAGACAGGAUGUGUGUGUUAACAGGAAAUUCACAUUAAUUGGGAAAUGAAUGUUAUUUAAUAUUGUACUUACAAAAAGGUCCAUGAAUAGAAUCAUUUCAGCAGAUUUCUGUAUCCUGGAAAUACUUGUUAGGUGUAAAAUAUAACACAGUCUAAAACAAGAAUUGGUUUAAUUUUUUAUAUUGGGACCAUAAGAAACACCUUUUCAAUUCAUCAAACACAUAAACCAAGAAAUGUAUUUAAGCAUUGAUAUGACAUUCAUCUGCUGAACUGACAGUAGAAAUUGAGCUCAACAGUUUGAAUUGGCGAUGUUGUAAACUCUGGACUGUACAAAGUAAUAUAUCUAAAAUAAUAAAAGCAGAGUG